AUGAAUCCAUACAGUGCGUAUGCUGCUUAUGCUAAUCGCGAAUAUGCGUCUGAUAUGUGGAUCAUACGCAACGUUCCUGGUGGAUUGAACAGUCCACUUGGUGAAGCAUUGGAUAAUUAUUUAGGAGGAAAUCCAAACCCAUCCUAUGGUCAAAUUGUUGGCGGAGCACCAGGAGUUGGUGGUUACGGAUAUCCACAGUACGGCGGUUCAUUCGGCUAUUACAUGCGCAUUGUUCAUCCAUGUCUAUGUCGUCAACUAAAUGUCUAUCAAAUGGAUAAUAAAUAUGUGUUAACAACAUCAAAUUUGUUAAACUUCACGUUGUGUGCAACGAGAAAGGUUCUGCCAGUCGUUCGAAGUCCAAAAGACUUGCCUACGAACAUAUACACCAUCAGAAUCAAAAUGCAUGAUGACAUGAAUAAAUAG